CGGGUCCGCGCCCGGUGCCGCGGUGCGGGGCAGGGGCUGCGGGGCCCGGGGGCUGCGCGGGGCCGUGCGCCCCCGCUGCCUCCGCCGCUAACGGAGAGCAGGAACGCGAUGUGACACGUCUAAUGCUUAGGCCCGGAUUGGCGGCGUAGCUGAAAUAAUUCCCCGAACGACCCCCUCUUUAUUAACUUCUGCGUUCCCCGCGCUCCCCUCCCGCUCGCUCCGGGCGAGGCUGGAGCUGUUGAGCCUGCCUGUGACAGGUACCUGCAUCCAGCGUCUGCAAACGAAUCCGGUGGGACGGAACGGUGCAGGAUUUUACAGGGGCAGUCCGUGCAGUGCUGGAUACCCAAAUUGCAGGUUUGAUGGAGUCAUCGGGGGUUUGUUCUGAUUUUAAACUUUUAUUGCGGCAGGUCCCUCUCCACCAAAUUCUUUUUUUGUACGGAGAAACGCUGUGGACAAUAGGUGACGUGAGAUGCCCUUGGGGACAGAACCUGGAUGGUUGUUAUGUUGUGUCAUCCCCCCAAAUUUCUUGCCCUGUUAAAACGUCCAUAACCAAAGGCUGUCGCAGGUAAAAUGUUCAGGAUCAAGACUGCAUGUUUGCAGCUCUGGGUCCGAUCUCCCACCACAGAACAGGACCUGUUAUUGUCGAAGUCUGAAUUGCUCUUUUUUCAUUUAAUAACCAGGCUCCAAGCUUCCACACCUAAGCUGCAUCUGGGCUAAGCAAUUCUAGUCCUCCAACCUGCAAAAUGGGUCCCUUAAUGUAAAAAAUCUGUAGAUUUUGCACAAGCUGUGCAAACACAACCUGUAAUUCAUGGCAUCUUGUCCAAGCUAAUGCAAAGCAGCGCUGUGGGACCAUAUGAUGACUAAAAUGUGAGUGUGUCUCCCAGCAUGUGUGUGUUUCCCACUGCUCCUGCGAGCAGCAGGGCUGCCGGGCGGGUAGCAGCCUUUGGAAGUCGGGGAAGAUCAUCCUGGUGUGGAUGUUGCUGUGGGAGUUUGCAGUGCAGUCCCUGCCCAGUGUCUCUCACCUCACCUGAACCCGUGGCGUGGCGGUUGUGCCGUCCCCAGCCCAGGCUGUCAAGGGAGCAAUUCAGGAGCCUGACUGUCGGUCGUGUGUGUAGAGAAAAGAUCCUUCGUUUUCAAAGUCAGUCUCUUUUAAGAUGUUUGGAUAAACUGGACCACAAUUUAUGUUGAUUGAAAGAAACAGUCACUUCACUAGGAGCAGAGCGUAAUUCUGAGCUGCCAAAGCACUACAGCCAGUGCACACACAUGUGAUGGCCAGGUUUUUUACUGCGGGAAUAGAAAAACCAUUCAUGGAAGCUGUAUGGAGAGAAGAAGUAUUUUAUUGUGCUGCAAAGGAGAUUGUGAUCAUUGUUUUAUUUUGAAAUAAAAGUAUAGUGCAGCAUCAAAAUUCAAUUGGCAAUCCAGGUUCCUUACAAACAUGGGGGAUUUUAACGCAAAGAUGUCUAGUUGGACUUAGCUCUAUGUGUAAGAAUGAUACUGUGUUCUGUGCUCAUCAUGCUCUGUUGAGAAAUUUGAUCUACAAGUGAUAAAGAUGCUGAAAGUGCUUUCCAGUGGGAGGAACACAUUGCCUGUAUUGUUAUUAAUUUCUGUGUCCCUGUUUUAUUUCAUGGAGGCAAGUAAUAAAAAUGGAGUGUAACCAUUCAGAACAUCGAGAAGCUUCUAACCUGAGUCAGUUCUGCAUUGAAAUCAGAUGGUGGUGUCCACAGUGUUGCACUGGGAGCACAGAUUUGGGGAGGUGGGAGCUGGGGUUGCAGUUCUCCCUCGCUGCUGCCAGUGCUGUUCCUGUCACAUGCUGCGGCUGCACAGUCCCCUGCUCGCACUGCAGCUGCCUCUCUGCCGUGUGCCACUCACAUCUCCCCUCUCCUUGCAUCACUUUUAUUCUGGUUUAGCUCUGUUGGCUUUAAAUGGAGUUGUUGAUGAUCUGCUGCGGCACAGAUGGAUAAUGGGAAUUCAUUGGAUCAUCUGGACACGUUACUUUGUUGGCUUAUCUUUUAUUCUGCGUGGUGUGCUUUGGGCAAGGAAGAGCUCUGGUGUGAAGGUCUGUUCUGAGGUGGUCUUACCGCCUAAAGAGCUGAAAUGUAACUGAUUUUAAACAAAAAACCUCCAAUACCCCCCUGCCAGCCUCCAAAGCACACUACAGCUCUUGGAGUCUGACCAGAAAAACCUGGGUGUUGAUGGCUUUUUUCACAGAACUUUUUGCAGUCCUCAUUUUUUCAUAAAAGUGUUCUGUUGGAGCAAUCCUUGUAGAAGGAAUUUUCCUUGGUGUCCUUGCAUAAGAACAUUCUGCAGGCUUGGCUUUUGUGGCUGACCUGCUCUCCUUUGGCACAAAAGCUCUGUUCUGGAUAUGUAGUUUUUAAACAGGCUGGAAACAGAGGUAUGGAAUGGGGUAUGUGUUGCAGCAGGAGGAAACAGUUCAAAGGAGUGGACCAAAUUGUAUGUGGGAGCUGCACAGAGGGUCAAAUUGAGGUCUGGUUCUGUAAAGUAUGUAAGGAAGUUGCCAACACAAAUAUUACCUUGCAGUUUACAUGUGCUGAGAGAACGCAGCACAGCCCUGCAGCAGGGAUGGAACAGAGUAACCAUCAAUCUGGAUCCCCGAGGAUGUCAGUCAGGAAAGGAAGUGUGUGGUGCCAGAAAGCCUGGAUGGAACUGCAGGUUUAGAGGACUCGUUGUUUGAAGUAUUUUUAAUUAUUGCUAUUAAUAUAAUGGAACACAGACUGGAAGCCGAAUUUUUUAAAUAUAAUUAAAGCAGAAGUCAGCAGAGGGAUUUCUCUGCUGUGAGGCAGAGGCACGGUCCAGCAGCAGUCCCUGCUCAGGAGGCUGAAUUCCCAGAGUGAUGAUACUCUCCAUGCAAUUCCUAACCUUGCUGGCAGCUCCUGCCAUACACUGGUUUGGAGGGAAGAAGUGAACUGAAGGGAUCAGAAGGCUUUCCCAAGCUUGUCCUGCGUUCUCCUUUGUCGGAGUACGAUUCCAGUUGGAAGGCAGCCAUUGGCACCUUGGCCAAGGAUGGGAACAGGCUGCAGAGUGUGGCGAGAGCUGCCCUCCAGAUCGGGCACUGGCCUCAGCUCCAUCUGGGCCAGCCAGUAAAUCACUGGCUCGCUGGAAAGGAGCCUCUCCGUCACGUUGCUGUUCAAUGCAGCUUGAUGUUUGCUGUUCCAUUUUGAAUUAAUGAAUUAAAUUCUUUGAUAGUGAAUCAAAGAGUUAAAACAUCAGUCGUUGGAGGAAAGAAAGAAGAAAAUCUUUCUUGCAACUGGGAUGCUUUUCAGGAACUUGGCUGCUCGGGAGGCGAGAGGCAUGUGCUUUUCCGCCCUGCUCUGGGUGAUGGCUUAGUUCAAGGGGGCCCAGAUUUGGCUCAGUCAACAGUUGUGUUGGCGUCUUGCCACCAAAUGUGCAUAAAAUGGAGCUGACUGCAAUUCCCUCCUCACUUCAACAUGGAGGGGCAGCCGGAGAGACCCGAGGCCUGCGGUGCCGUGCCGUGGGUUGGCUUGGCUGUGAGGGCUACCCUGGGAUGUGUGAUCCCUGCAGCACAAGCUGUUGCACUGUGACUGGAUCCUUGCUUUUGAGUCCCAGGGUUGUAUUUUGGUCUCUUGUCAUAACUAAUGCAUUUCAGACCUGCUUGUGCCUGUGCUCCCAAAAUCUCUCUCCCUUCUCACAGUGGCUUACGUGCUUUUCCAGCUGUACGAGGUUCAUCUCUCAUUUGCAGACUCUCCCUAUGGUUCUGUGGCUUAUGUGCAUUACCACAAAAUCAAGAUAAAACGAAACUGGCAUUUUAGCUGCUUCGAGAACAUUGUGUGUAAAUAAACCACUAAAUAGUUCAGCCUGUGAAAUGUAAAUACACACAGCUCACUGCCACAGCUGAUGGUGUUUUUCUGUCUCCCUUCUACCCUCCCACCCUGCCAAGAGUGGGCCAGCCUGAUGUUCUUUUUUCUCUUGCUCUUUCAUACAAUGCAAAUGACUGCUAAGCACCAUGUAGGUGGUAUGCAGGCACCACGACAGAUUCAUGAUUUGAAUUUGGAUAAAAGGAAAUACUUGCAUCCUCUUCCACAUUGCUUCUGCACCAUCUUUUGGAGAUUCCUGGGCUCCGAUGACCCAGAAAUUCUGCCUCGGUCUGACUUUGAGCUUGAGCCCAUUUUUAGUAGCGAACUGGUGAAGUCAGUAGAAGAGCAGGGGCCCAACUGUGAUGACAUUUUUAGCCUGUGCCCUUUGUUCAUCCUAUACACAAAAGGUCGUGAACUGCAGUGAAAAAGGGAUCACAGAGGGUGCAGAAUGGACAAAAGUGGAACAAAUUACCAGUGGCAGAAACAUAAAGAAGAGAAGCAAAAGUUUUGUGUUCUGAAGGUGAUUGAAGAAGGCCACGUGCAUCCCGUGGUGAGAUCAUGUCUCUUGUAUUCAAAGUGAGUCUGCCCAGAGUGAAUUCAGAGUCUGCUGGUGAGGUGUGGCUUCCAUGAUCUCAAUGUAGGAGGCAGGAAGGGACUACACGGUUUCCAUGGUGUGAUGUUAAUGAGCACCUCUGUGUUUCUCUGGGAAAAAAGAUGCCAAAGCUGCAGUUCUGGUUACAGACAGGUGUGCUUUAAGCAAUAAAGGGACUUUUAAAUAAGACAUGUGAAACAAAUGCAAAGCCUGAUUCUGUAGACAAAGCACUGAGACAGUGUUUGCAGAUCUUCUCAUCUUCGAUGUGCUAAGGAAGGAAAUACAUCUUCAUGUGAAAGUGGCAAACUUUCGGUUUGCAGUAAUAAAAUGUGUGUAACUUGUAUAAGCCCUUUUCCUUGUGCACUCCAUGUGUGCCCCAGAGCAGUGAGCAGAGCUGGGACACAAACACACUGCUUGUUCUCUGAGCUCGCCCUGGGCAUCGCUGUCCCCUGGGACUGAGCCCUGCCAGAGCCCAGGUGUGGGCUCAGCCUGCUCCCAGAUGCUUCCUGCAGCAUCCAGCAAGCUGCUGGAAAAGGAGCUGGGUGCAUCUGGGAGAGCUGCAGCCACUGCAGUGCAGACAUGCCCCGAGGUGAACAGUGUUUGGGAUGAGGAAUGUCCAUGUUCGGUUCCAAAUUUUACUAAAAACCUUAAAAUAAUAAAUCCUUUUCCCCUGCCAUGUAUUUUAUGAAAAAAUGGUUUGAUGUAUAACUGCUCAUUGCCAUUUCCUCUGGAGGCCUGACUCCAGGUUGUUGGUGCGUGUCUGGAGGAAUUGCUAUUUAUUUAUCUCGGUCUUUCUUGGGUAGAACUGAGUGGUGUCUCAGGAACUUCAGGACAGUGGCUCUCAAUGGAGAAUUAGGUAUUCUGACGAGAGGAGUGAAUUUGGGCUCUAAUGAAUUUUGUGUUGUCUGAGGCUCUGUCAGGACUAGCACUCUGAGCAGAUCACAUGGAAACACACAGAUGGUUUUCCCAAAACGUGCAGUAUAGCUUUGAAAGAAAACAUGAGACAAGUGUGCCAGUCUGUAGAAGAAAAGGAGAGGCAAAUAGAGAGCCAAGGUAUAUAUCCUGCUUGAUGACAGUAAGAUCAGCUGGUUUUUGGAAGAGAUUUGAGAAGUGAUGGUUCCAGGCUUUGGGUAUCAGUGAUGAAGAGCUUCAUUUUAUCUGUUGUUAAUUUGCGGAUAAGAAAUAGAUACCAGCUGGGUGUCUGGCUUUGUAUCACGUCCCCUUUUGGCAGUGAUGCUGUGGGAGAUGUGUCAGGAUGAAAAGUGGAAAAAGAGCUGGUCUCUGACUCGAGGUUUGACAGCUUUAAAAUCCUGAUAGACUGGAACGUGUUUUCCACCAUUGGUUUCUGUGGAGAGCAGUUCUUAGUUUGGGGAGAAUCCUGUAUCAACAAGAUGUACAAAGUGUGUUUGGUUUUGGUUUUUAGUACCACUUGCACCUCUAAGUGAGGAGUGGGAAGCAUUUGAAAACCAGUCAAGAUCUCACAGCUGAGCAGAAGUAAUGGCUUAAAGAGGCAGGUGAAUUGUACAAGUGCUCUGUCAAGAGGUCAAGAUGCCAUGUGCAGCCAACUCUGCUGUGCAGCUCUGGAAAACUGCUCCUGGUUCUGUCUGUCUUCACUUUUAUCUAGAGCUUGUACCCUGCUGACAUCUGCCCGAGCACUGUGCUCUACAGUCACACCGAAUCCUCAGUGCCCCAAGGUUUUAUUUGCUUGUACGUGUCAGGUGUGAAGUUAUGACCCCCCUCUUCUACCAGGCAGCUCAGUGGUGGGUUACAGUGAUCCUGGCUCUGUAAUAAAUCUAAGAGGAUGUGCCUGUAAUACACUUAUUUAACUAUCCAUGCUGGACUUGCAUUGUCAGCUUGAUUUUCCUGAACCAGAGCGUUCCUUCACCGCUCACAAAGCCUGCCUUGCUUUGCAGGCCUGAGUCCUGGGGUAGGGCCAGUGGGGAGUGCAUACCAUUGACUUCAGCACUUUUUCCCUUCCAGCUAAGCCUGGAAAACCUUAGCCAAAAGACGGCAAACCACAGGGAAGUGGAGAGUGUGUGAUGUAAGUGACAUCUGACUUUAAAAAUAUUGGCCAGCACCAUGAAACCUCCGUCCUGUCCCAUGCCCUCCUCCCGCUGCCCUUCGGCUCCAGCUGCCUUGGACAGUCGUGCCAUCCUCUGGGAUGUCUCUAAAGCUCUGCUACCCGGGGUGCUGCAACGGGGUGAAUUUGUAAAAUGUAUUAAUGUACUGCACUUAGCAAACCUAGAAUCUUGUGUUCUGAGAGUGCGUUGGAAGAACCUGGCAUGCCAAAUGUGGGGCUUGGACAGCACAAUUUUUCUGCCUUGUACGGCCUGAGGAGUUGUUAAAAUCUUUGAGAGAAUAAUAAGUUCUGCUGGAAUUCACCAUUUUCUGACUUAUUUUAAGUCUUUUAAACCAAUAUUUCAGUGUUUCCUUUUGCAGACUCUGGAGAUAAUUUUUUUUUAACAUGUGCUACUUAAGAAAAAUUGUCAUGCAAAACAGCUGAACAGUUUCUUUUGCAUGAAAAAAGCAAAAAGCUUCAAACACAGAAGAAAAAAUAAAGUAGGUGAUAUUCCUGGUAUAGCUGGGCUGUCAGAACUGGGAGAACUGUCUCUUUUGCAGACAAGGAGCACAGAUCCGUGGGGAUAACUUCAAGUGUCAAAGGGAAGGAGAGGUCCACGUGGUUGUACUCCUGGCUGCAUUUUAUUUAUAUUGUUCAUUUGGAGCUGGGCAGUCCCUGAGGAAAGGGCGAUGUCAGGAGCUAUAUUCCUCCCUUUGCUGUGCCCACUUGCUGUUCUAAUAAUAAUUCUCCCUCCUGUCUGUACUGCUGCUGCAUUACAACACAGUCCUUAGUGCAGGGAGCACCUCCUCCUCUCCCGAGCUGCUCCUGAUAGUGGCUCUUUCCUUUGUACACCACCAAAUACCACCCCCUCCGGAGCAUGAUAAGCCAAAACCAGUGCAUGAGAUACCUAAUUUUAUUUUCUUUCUCUGUCAGCUGGAAAAGCCAGUUUUGCCUAUUUUUCCUGCCUUCUGAUACUUUUCAGAUUUGCAGGCUAUGGAUUUUCUAGUGUGUCUUCUGUUGAUUGUAUAAAUGGCCUCUUCACAGUGGGUCUGGUGGACCUCCUCCACGUGUGAACUGCUUGGUUUAAAAAAACAGACAAAACCCAAGUUGGUUUUACUUGCUUGUGUCAGGGCUAACACUCGUUCUGUUGGCCAGUGUUGGCAGUGGUUGGGGAGUAUAACUUAAGGGUAACAUAAAAUAAAAUCUGCUUUGCCAUGAGAUUAAAGGACAGACACGCAGACUGUAUGAAACAUGCUUUGCCAUUUAAGCAAGCUCCUGAAUUUUUGCAAAUGUGUCUGAAGCUGCUCUGGAGUGCCUGGAUUACCACGCGGAGUGCGCAGAACCCACGGCCUCGCCGCAGGAUUUAGGUCACCCUUGCUGAGGAGCACACAGGUCCCGGGGUAUUGUCCUCUUCCUGGAAUUCCUGAAUCACCUCCUGGCUACUUCUGACCUCUGGUUUUUAGGUCUCGCUGUUCACUUCCAUCUCAUUCGUUGGUGCUUUGAGUACUCGGUGUUUGUUCCGUGCUGUGUGAAUGUGGGUGUUCGCAGGUUUUGGGCACAGGCUCGUGGUUUGCAAUGUUCAUGUCCUGCUUGCCUGGCUCAUGCCAAAGCUUGUGACAUCUGGGUGGUAUGUUUUGGACUCUGCCACCCAUAUUGCAGUUACCUGACAAUACAGAGAUACUUCCCACCUUUUUCUGGAGCUCCUCGACAAGUGGUUCGUGCAGUGUCCCCCUGGCCUUGCCCUGGUGCUUUGGCUGUCACGUGGGUGUGUAAAAACAAAUGGAUGGGUGCUGCAUCUUGUCCAAACUGGGAAAUCAGGGGACUGCUUGGUUGGCAGGAUGGCUCCCUAAUUUGACCCAAACGCUGGGGGGAAACUACCAAUUUCUCCUCUCUUUGGUAGUCAUGAAGUGUUUGUUCAGGGAAGUAUUUCUGAAGCCUCUUUGAUUAUUGUGAAGGUUUUUUGUGACAAUUGCUGAAAUUGGGUACUUCCCAAUGGGUGGAAGGAGUUAGCUUUGCCAUUUCCUGGCUUCAGUUGGGAUAUGUAGGUAAUUAUUUGUGGAACUAGUAUCCAAACUGAGUUGCUGCGCAAAGGGAAACUUGUUGCUUAAAAAAGCACCCACUAGAACCGCUAGAGAAGCUGCUGAAAGUAAAAGCUCUUGCAUGUGCCCACUUAGAGGUGUGUUUAUCUUGCACUAAAAUCCUGAGCACAGAAGAGCUGAAGACCUGGCAGCCAUUUCCAGAGGAGAUGUUUUGUUGCUGCUGCUGUGAAAUCUGUAGCUCAUCUUUGGAUGCUCAAAAGGGUAAUUUGAUAUCUGUAUGUUUGGAGUAAGAUUUUAACCACCACUCUGCCUCUAUAGGCUUUCCUAUUUCCUUACUUACUCAGUACUAGGAUUAUCUACAUUAUAUCUUAGUUUUUUGUUCAGAUGAUAUGAUGUUUUGCUCAUAUGAACAGUAUAAAUAUAUCUGCAGGUAUAAUUGUGGGCAGUGCAAGCCAUGGAAUGAAACAGUCUUGAGGAAGGAGAGGGCAUUUUUUAGCAUUCUGUCUAAAUGUUUGCUAUGUUUUAGCAAUAGGAACUAGUGAGCUACAGUUUUCAGCAGUUACAGAAGAAAAUGAAAUGAUAAGAGAACUGAGAUUGGUCUCUCUAAAUGUGGGUGCAGGAUAAACACCUCUGCAGAAGGCAAAUUUGGAGAGGAUUUCUUUGUCCAAGUGUGAAACCCAAGUGCUGUUUGUGCUACAGUCCUUUCGUUGGCAAUUUUGUGUUUGUGAAAAAGGUCCUCAGAGUUAUUUUAUUUUAUGACUCUUGUACCACUGUUAUUUUUAAUUUUGCUCUGUUAACUAGUGCAUUGUGCAAUAAUUACUCCCCUGCUUUGAUUCUCAGCCAUUAUUUUUAAUGAGUCUUGAGAAGAGAAACCUGUGGGAGAACUGCAUGCUCUGUGUUACAUCCCCAUGGAACUGAACGUGCAUCUCAUCUGGAUGAGUUCACAGCAGCCCUUGAUUUUUGAGUAACAUGGAUAUUUUCUUCUUCAUAGGAUUGAGUUUGCUCUAAAAGAAAUCAUGUCAUCAGGAGGAGCUGAAGAUGAUAUUCCUCAAGCAGAGAGGAAAACAGUGACAGACUUUUGCUACUUAUUGGAUAAGUCUAAACAGCUCUUCAAUGGCUUAAGAGAUUUACCUCAGUACGGGCAGAAGCAGUGGCAGUCCUAUUUUGGGCGAACGUUUGAUGUUUACACCAAACUCUGGAAGUUCCAACAGCAGCAUCGACAAGUAUUGGACAAUCGGUAUGGGUUGAAGAGGUGGCAAAUUGGGGAAAUUGCUUCCAAGAUUGGGCAGCUCUAUUACCAUUAUUACCUGCGCACCUCAGAAACCAGCUAUCUCAAUGAGGCUUUCUCCUUCUACUCAGCAAUUAGGCAGAGGUCAUACUACUCCCAAGUCAACAAAGAGGACAGGCCUGAAUUGGUGGUUAAGAAGCUGCGUUACUAUGCAAGGUUUAUAGUGGUUUGUCUCCUGCUCAACAAAAUGGAUGUUGUAAAGGACCUUGUAAAGGAGCUGUCAGAUGAAAUCGAGGACUACACUCACCGUUUUAAUACUGAAGAUCAGGUGGAGUGGAACCUGGUUCUUCAGGAAGUGGCAGCAUUUAUUGAGGCAGACCCUGUCAUGGUUUUAAAUGAUGACAACACCAUUGUAAUCACCUCUAACAGGCUUUCUGAGACAGGAGCUCCGUUGCUGGAGCAGGGGAUGAUAGUGGGACAGCUUGCUCUUGCAGAUGCGCUCAUUAUUGGGAACUGCAACAACCAGGUGAAGUUCAGUGAGUUGACAGUGGACAUGUUCCGCAUGCUGCAAGCGCUGGAGAGGGAACCCAUGAACUUGGCAUCACAAAUGAACAAACCUGGAAUGCAGGAAUCGACAGAGAAACCAGCAAGGCGGGAAAACCCCCAUAAAUAUCUCCUUUAUAAACCAACUUUUAGCCAGCUAUAUACAUUUUUAGCAGCAUCAUUUAAGGAGCUGCCUGCAAACAGUGUGCUGCUGAUUUACCUGUCUGCCACGGGCGUGUUUCCAUCAGGUCCAUAUGACUUUGGGGGUGUUCUGACAAACAGUAACCGGGACAUUAUCAAUGGGGACGCGAUCCACAAGCGAAACCAGUCGUACAAGGAGAUGCACUGCCUCCACCCUGGAGAUCUCUACCCUUUCACCAGAAAGCCUCUGUUCAUCAUCGUGGACUCUUCCAACAGCGUCGCCUAUAAGAAUUUCACAAACUUAUUUGGACAGCCAUUGGUGUGCUUGCUUUCUCCAACAGCAUAUCCAAAAGCAUUACAAGAUCAGUCUCAGCGGGGUAGCCUCUUCACACUCUUUCUGAACAAUCCUUUAAUGGCAUUCCUGUUUGUCUCUGGAUUAUCAAGCAUGCGCAGAGGAUUGUGGGAGAAGUGUCAGGAUUACCUUAGGAAAAUCAACCGGGAUAUUGCCCAGCUGCUGACCCACUCCCGGUCCAUAGACCAGUCCUUUCUUCAGUUUUUUGGGGAUGAAUUUCUUCGCCUGCUUCUCACAAGAUUUAUCUUCUGUUCGGCUACAAUGAGGAUGCACAAAAUCUUCCGGCAGGAGACUCGAAAUUAUCCCGAAUCUUACCCUCAGCUGCCAAGAGAUGAAACGGUGGAGAACCCUCACCUCCAAAAGCACAUUUUGGAGCUGGCUUCCAUACUGGAUGUUAGGAAUGUUUUCCUGGAAAACACCCUCGAUGACUAUUAAAAGAAACUGUCUUAUUGCAAAGGGGUUUCCCUGGCCACAGAUUUUGAAUGGUGCAGUUUUAUAAUGUGAAAAUCAUAAAAGGAAGUACUUGAUUUUAUUUUUAAAUUUAGGACCAUUAUUUUAAAAAGUAAUAAUAAACAGCUGUUAGUUGAGCUGUU